UAAUUAGCAAAGAAAAAUGGUGGUUUCGAUGAAUGCCUUCGACUGGGCCAAAGCAGUGAAGGAAUUCGACGAAGCGAAAUCCGGCGUGAAGGGCCUCGUCGACGCCGGCAUAACAAAGCUUCCCCGCCUCUUCGUCCACCCGCCGCAGAGUUUCGAGAGCAGCCCCACCGCCGAGCAGCAGCCGGAGCUCCCCACAAUCGACUUCGAUGGGCUCCGUUACCGGCGGCCGGAGGUGGUGGAGGAGAUCCGCCGGGCCGCCGGGGAAUGGGGAUUCUUCCGCAUCGUGAACCAUGGCAUCCCGCAGGAGAAAAUGGACGCCGUGCUGGAAGGAGCGCGGCGGUUCCACGAGCUCCCCGCGGAGGAGAAGAAGCCGCUCUACAGCCUGGACAGGCGGAUGCCCGUGAGGUUCAACAGCAACAGCGCCCUCCGCGAGGGCGACCCGGCCUCGUGGAGGGACAUCCUCACCUGCGCCUUCACCGACGACCACCUCGACCCGCGCCUCAUCCCUCUCGCCUGCCGGAGGGAGGUGGUGGAGUACGUGGACCACAUGAUCGUGGUGAGGGAGACGGUGGCGGAGCUCUUGUCGGAGGCGCUGGGGCUUCCGGCCGGGUAUCUGUCCGGGAUGGAGUGCAUGAAGAGCCAGGCGCUCCCGUGCCUCUACUACCCGGUCUGCCCCGAGCCCCACAAGACCUUCGGGACCCCGAGGCACACCGACGCGGUCUUCCUCAAUUUACUCUUGCAAGACUCCACCGGCGGCCUCCAGGUCCGCCAUGGUGGACGGUGGGUGGAUGUGCCGCCGGUGCGUGGGGCCCUCGUCGCCAACAUUGGCGAUUUCAUGCAGAUUAUUAGCAAUGACAAGUUCAAAAGCGUGGAGCACAGAGCGUUAGCACAACGGGUGGGGCCGAGGAUCUCGGUGGGGUGCUUCUUCUCUCCGAGCACAAGUGCAAUGACAAAGCCAUUUGGUCCGAUCAAAGAGCUUGUGUCCGAUGAGAAUCCGGCUAUAUACAAAAACGUUAUGUUCACUGACUACAUUGAAUACUACAAGAUUAAAGGAGAAGAUGUUGCAUCGGCUUUGCCUCAUUUCAAGAUUUAAUCAUCAAAUGUUUUACUACGUUGGCUUUUGCCUCAUUUGCUUCUUGUACCAAUAUAUUGUUGGCUUUUUAAUGUAUUCGAGUAUGUUAUCUUCUUUUCA